CACCAAGGGACAGCUCUGGUUAAAACCCUAACCACACCAGGUGCUAUAUAAAAGCCAAAACUAGGGUUUCGUUUCCCCCCAUCGCCAGCGAGAGAGACAGAGCGCUUCCGCCUUCUGCCGCCUCCUCCUCCUCGUCCUCCGUCGUCCUCUCCAAUUCCAAGCAUGGCGGUCGCAGCUGCUCCCGUGGAGAUCCAGCCCGUCUCCGACGUGAAGCUUUUCAACCGGUGGUCCUUCGAUGACGUUCAGGUGAAUGAUCUUUCAUUGAACGAUUACAUCGCUGUCCAACCGGCCAAGCAUGCUACAUAUGUUCCCCACACUGCUGGUAGGUACUCAGUCAAGCGUUUCAGGAAAGCUCAAUGUCCAAUUGUGGAGAGGCUCACUAACUCCCUGAUGAUGCACGGGAGAAACAACGGGAAGAAAUUGUUGGCUGUCAGAAUUGUGAAACAUGCCAUGGAAAUCAUCCACCUUCUCACUGAUCAAAACCCAAUCCAAGUCAUUGUGGACGCUGUCAUCAACAGUGGUCCUCGGGAAGAUGCUACUCGUAUUGGGUCAGCUGGUGUUGUGAGGCGUCAGGCUGUGGAUAUUUCCCCCUUGCGACGUGUGAAUCAGGCAAUCUAUCUGCUGACCACUGGUGCUAGGGAGUCAGCUUUCAGGAACAUCAAGACAAUUGCCGAGUGUCUGGCUGAUGAACUUAUUAAUGCUGCUAAGGGUUCAUCCAACAGCUAUGCCAUCAAGAAGAAGGAUGAGAUAGAGAGAGUUGCCAAGGCCAACCGUUGAGUUGAACUGCAAAGUCUCAAAGUGCGAGAGUUUCAUAGUAGCUUUUGUUUUUAUUAUGUUUGUCUUUUUGGAAUGAUGUCACUGGAUAUGCCUUUGCUUAUGAAAAUUUUGGAUUGAAUUUCUCCAUGUUAUGAAGAUUAAAGAGGGAUGGUGAUACUUUAUGUUGUUAGGUUCAUUUAUUUAUGUCAUCCUAUCAGCGUUGGUGUUUUCUAUC